ACGAUUUAGAAUUGAAAAUCAAUGUCCUAACAUAUAAAAUGCAAUAUGGAACAUGGCCAUUACCACAUCAAAUCUACAAUUUAAAUCCAAAAAAAUUGCGGAAGAAUAGAAUGACAUUAUCCAAUCCGAAUGAUCGGAAAAAAUACUGUCCAUAAAUGUAAAUCGUUUCUUAAUGAAUUGGAAUAUAACAAUAAACGUUUGCAUUCGUUGAGUAAUUCGUCAGAAACUAGCAAAGCUUCUUCUUUGAAAAUUGCUGAUUCGGUGAAACAGAUAACUUUUUUUAUGACAGAAAAAAGGGAGGCAUCUCAUGAUUCUUAUAUAAUGAAGAAAGAAAAAAAAAUAAACAAAAUGAAAUGUAUGAAAAAGGAAAAGGAUAAAAUAGAAAAUAUUAAAGAACUAUAUAGUCCAAAUAACGUAAAUAUAUCUACUGGCGCUACAGUUUUAACAAAUAAUGAUGCAUUACCGAAGGAACUUGUUUCUAUUUUUCCAAUAAGUCAACCAACGCAUAAUGUACAAUCUUCUCGGGAGAUUCUAUACGAAGUUAAAAAGAGACUUCGCAGUUUACAUAACGUGUUGCGAACCUAUCAGAAUAUAAGCCGAUCUUCGGAAAGACAGAAAUCAAUAGAUAAAAUCAAUGAAAUCGAUGCAUUUACAUCCAUUGAGAAAACUGGUGAAAAUAAAAUCGAUAUAAAUUGCAAUAGCAAAGGAAAAUUUUCGGAGGAAAAUUUGCCACAAAUACAAUGCUCUGUUGUAAGCAGUUCCGAAUAUUUCGAAUUUGAUUGCACAGAAGAAAGUUCAUCUUCCUUAGCCGAAUAUUCACCGAAUAUAUCUAAAGCGUAUCAAUAUUCCAAUGAUGUCAUAUUGCAAAAUGAAGAUAUAACAAAAACAACUUUAUUUAAUCCUAGAAAAAAGAUAUCCGAGAUAGUAUCGGGGAAAAUAUGUUACAUUUCAUCAACCGAAUCUCUCGAAGACCAAAAUAUUCAAAUUCAAAAUAAAACAUCUUCAAUUAAAAACUUUACUACUAAAAAAUGUAGAGAUAUAUUUGACGAAGAACAAUGCCAAGAAAAUGUGAUAACAUCUCAAAAAAGCGGUCAAAGUAAAAUAUCAAACGAUAGCGACAGAGAAGAUAAAUCUACAACAUUAUUGCUUCAAGAAGCUUUACAUUUUAAGAAAGCUUUACUAACACGUGUUCAAUCGAAAAAAGAGUGUCCAAUAGAUAGCAUAAAAGAGAACAAUAUCAAAGAUGAACUUUUGCCAGAAUUAAAUAACAAUAAUUUUCCUUCCAUAAUAAUAGAUAUUAAAAUGGAAAAACAAAUUACUAAUAAUUCUCAUGAAAAAGUUAAUCAGUAUUAUAUUUAUUUAGAAAUGAAACAACGACACGACUUAUUUCCUGAAUAUUUGCAAAAAAUAAAUGCAUUUGCGCACCAUGAAAGCAAAAGGAAUAUAGAGAAUCAAAAUCAUACUUCUGAAACAUCUUCGCAAUAUUUUAGCAUUACCGAUUUGACAAUUCGUAAUAGUAAAGUUGGAAAUAAUGUUUCUAUGAAACCUCCAGUUUAUGAAAAAGUUAUUUCAAUCGUGAUACCAGUCAGGCUGGAAUGUCAAAGUGAAAUCGAUAUAAAUGAAAAAUUGAUCCAAACAAAAACUGUUUUGGGAAAUAUUAAGACUUGUGUAAAUUCACAAAAAAAUUUCAGAAUAAAUGUUGACAAUAUAGAUAAUAAUGUAACCGAUAAACAUUCAUCGACGAUAAAAUUCGAAGAUCAUAUAUUAGAACAUAUUAAAAACAUCAGAGAUUACAUUGAUACUUUUCUUCAAAGUCAAAAUAGAGCAAUCUCCAAAGCAUGUAAAGUACUUCAGUAUCAAAGUAAACGCGAUAUUUUACGAUGUUUAAAUGAAACAAGUCACAUAAUAUUACACAAUAGAUUGUCUGCAUUGUCUAAUUGUAACAACACUGAUCAUGUUAAUUCUUUAAAUUCAUCUAAUCUUUUAUUAAAUGCAGAACCAAAUUAUAAACAGCAAAUUUCUAUCAAAAAUAAUACCUUAAAAUGCUAUUCAGACAUAUGUUUAAGAAGAAAUCCAGAAAUGUUUAUGCCUCUUAUUAAGGAUAAGUUCUCUAACAAAAAUAAUAUGCAGCACUUAACAGCAAUAGAAUUAAAAAGGAAAGAAGAUUUAUCUCGUCCAGCAACUUUAAAAUAUUAUUAUAAAAAUCGUUCAAAAUCUACAGACAAUUUGGAUUUAGAAAAAUAUAUUAUGCCAGAUAUAAAAAAUGGCAAAAUAAAUAAAAAAAAGAAUAGUUGAUAUCAGUGUGAAUUUUCAGAAACGUGAGAAACAAACAUAAAUCAUCAAAAAUAAAUCCUGAAUAAUAUUAUAUAUUCCAGUUAAUGUCGUAACAACUGCAAAUAUUAUUGAAAUGCAAAAAUUGUGUGACAAAAUUUAAAUACAAUUUGAUCUUCUGCACCAAUUCAUGCUUCACCAACAAAAAAAUUAUAAAAUAGUAUAUAAUGUAUAUUUUAAGUCUCUAUCAAAUAUAAAACAUUCACACACAGUUAAUUUUCCAAAGAAAAUAAAUCAAUUAUAUUAUUGAAAGACAAAUCUCUAUAAAUGAAUGUCCAGAUACAAAUUUAGUAAUUUGCUAAAAAAAAAAAAAAUAUUUCUUAAAUUUCAUAUAUUCGAAUUUGAUGAAAUUUGUUGACUUAAAUUUCAUUUUAAAUAAAACUCAAGAUAUUAUUUGAUGCAAGAACAACUAAUGCAGAGAAAACACUAAACACAAAUGCCAAAUAAUUUCAAAUAAAAUAAUAAAAUAUCUGCAAGCGUUGCACAUUUAUUGUUUCUAACGAAAAAUUAUUUAAUAGGACAUUUAUUGCAAACACACAUUGUAUUGUUAAAUGAAAGCCAAAAGCAAUAGAUAUACUUAAUAACAAGU